CCUAGCGCGAAACUCUGACGCUUGCGAGCCACGGUUUGAAACGUCGUUGAAAAUGGCGUGGGUGUUGCGAGAAAAUGGAGGGGUAGCUAGCGGCCGACGUAUGUUUCUCACAACGCAGAGCUCUCAUCCCACCUCACCCUCUCUCCUCUCAAAGCUGCAGAAUCAAGGUGCUGACACCCGCAUGCACGAUUUGUAACAAGGCCUCCGACGUGCGAGAUAGGUCAAGACGGGCGAGAUGCCCCGCACGCGCUCGUGGAACCCCCUCGCCUUCUACCCCAUCCAAGUCACCUUCUUCGCCUCGCUCGCCUACAUCGCCCUCUUCACCCUUCUCAUCUGGUCCUUCGAAAUCGUCCCGCCGGCCCCGAGCACUGCCACGCCUGUUGCCGGGGUGAAUUUGACGGAAACAUGGCUGGACCUGAGUUUCAUCUCGGAUGGCUACCAUCCCAUUGACAGUCGGCGGAAUGGUGUGGUAAAGGCGUUUCUGCUGGACCGGGUUCGCGAGGUGUUGGGCAGGAAUGAGGUGGGAUUUGACGUCGUUAAUACUGUUGGGAAGGGAGCGGAGAGUCUGAUGAAGGGAAAGAAGGAGAAGGAGAAGGACAAGGCUGUCUCCGUGUUCGUGGACGGGGUAUCGAAUGUCACGUUUGUGGACGACUUUCGCCAGCAGCCUUGGAGUUGCUAUGGCGAAUCGGAAAACAUCAUUGUCUACAUUCGGGGCUCGAACGACGACGAUGGGAAGUGGUGGGAGAGCGAUCGGCCGUACAAUGGACCUGCAGGAGUCCUCGUCAACGCUCACUACGAUAGCGUCUCUUCCGGGUUUGGCGCCACGGACGAUGGAGUGGGUGUCGUGACACUGCUACAGCUGCUUUCCCAUUUCACUACAGACGGCCAUCAGCCCGAACGCGGUCUCGUGCUGCUCUUCAACAACGGCGAGGAGAAUGCGCUCUACGGAGCCCAUGAAUUCCUCCGCCAUCCUCUCUCGCAAUUCACCCACACCUUCCUCAAUCUGGAGGGUGCAGGCGCCGGAGGCAGAGCCACCCUCUUCCGUAGCACCGACACGCAAGUCACGAGAUUCUACGCCAAGAGCCCCCGGCCUUACGGCACUGUUGUGAGCGGUGACGGUUUCAAGCGCAGACUUAUCGGCUCCGGCACGGAUUACUCGGUCUUCGUCGACAAUAACGGCAUGCGAGGACUGGACGUCGCUUUCUUCACUCCUCGCGCCCGCUACCACACCGAUCAAGACGAUGCGCGAAACACCAACCCCGAUUCCGUCUGGCAUAUGCUUUCCACUGCUCUGGCGACCACUCGAGCGCUGACUUCCUACGAUGGCGAUGAAUUCGAAGGGUCGGUCGGCCGGACUGGGAAAUUGGAUCUCUCCUCUGGCAAUGAUGGCGUGUGGUUCGACAUCUUCGGCCGAGAAUUUGCAGUCCUACGACUGAACACUCUCUUCGCCCUCUCCGUGGUCCUUCUCGUCGUCGGCCCCGUGCUUUUAAUCAUCCUCGAAGUCACUUUACGCAAGUUGGACAAAUGGUACCCACUUGCGCAAAAGCAGUACCUCAACUCGGCCGACGAUGACGAAGCGGUGCACUUCAGUGGCGUAAGAGGCCUCUUCCGCUGGCCGAUUGCCGUCGCCGUGGCCACCGCCGCCGUCUUAGCGCUCGCCUUUUUGCUGACCAAGAUCAACCCGUACAUCAUGUACAGCAGCAAGUACGCGGUAUGGGCCAUGAUGCUUUCCGCCUGGUUCUCCAUCGCCUGGUUUCUCCUGGCGGGCGCGGAUCGAGUGCGGCCCACGGCGCUGCAGCGAAUGUACAGCCUGAUCUGGCUGUAUGCGUUUUCGUGGGCAUUGUUGGUCGCCGUUACAGUCGGAGCGGAUCGUUUUCACAUCGGAGGCGGGUAUUUCAUCGUCAUCUACAACGCUUGCGUAUUUGUCGCCUUGCUCAUCUCCUACUUGGAGCUACUGGCCCUUCCCACCAAAACGGCGUAUGUGGAGCGGGUGGUGAAUGCGGAGGAGGAGGUGGACGGACGAUCAGUCCGGCCAGCAAGCCGUCGAGGCCGCACUUCUCGAGAUCACGACGAAGACGAAGCAACAGAGCGAACCUCUCUACUCCGCGGCGGAGACCGCCGAAGCGGAACAUUCAGCAGACGUCAAGAAAGCAUUGCCGAAGAAGAGCCCACCGCCGACCCACAUCUGCACAAUGCCUACGGCGACGAACAAGCGUGGUCCAGCAGCCUCCCACACUGGACCUGGCAGCUGCAAUUCCUCCUGCUAGCCCCCAUCAACCUCAUCCUAAUCGGCCAAGUCGCCCUCCUCGUCACAGCCGCCCUGCACCAAACGCACACAGACGGCGGCGCCUCCGUGCUACCCCUCUACCUCAUGCUCUCCGCCUUCACCCUCCUACUGCUCCUCCCGCUCACGCCUUUCCUACACCGCUUCAAAUUCCAAGUGCCCACAUUCCUCUUCUUCGUCUUCGUCGGGUGUCUUGUGUACGCCCUCCUCGCGUUUCCCUUCUCCCGCGAAGCGCGCUUCAAGUUCACCUUCGUGCAGCGCAUCGAUCUCGACACGGGGUCCAACAACAUCACGCUCGGUGGGCUGGACGAGUACAUCCAGGACGUCAUCGCCGAGCUGCCCAGCGCCAUCGGCCAACCGGUGCACUGCAGCACGAGCCCCAGGAGUCCCGACUAUCAAUUCUGCAGCUGGAGCGGACUGGAGCCGAACGUUGUCCCUGACGACUACGACUCCACCACCAAAAAGGACAAGAAAGACAAGAAGAAAUCCCUCGGCACAAAAUCCUGGCUGCAAUCCAACAUCACCUCCGACUCAGCAACAAACACAGCCCUCUUCACCUUCCGCGCGCAAAACGCCAAAGCCUGCCGUCUGGAAUUCGCCUCUCCCAUCUCCGCUUUCCACUUCCCAGACGCCCCAUACCCCGCUGCGUCCGACCCGCGCUUCCCCUCCGUUGCGGAAGAAGGAAGCUGGCAGAUCCGCCUCUUUUCUCGCACGUGGGAUCGGGAGUGGAGUGUGAACGUCACCUUUGCUCCUUCGCAGGAGGAGGAGGUUGAGGUUAAGGGCCAAGAAGGCAGGAUCAUGUGUCUGUGGAGCGACGCGAAUGUCGCGGGCGCGAUGCCUGCGUUUGAGGAGGUGUUGCGCUUCGCGCCGGUUUGGAGUGCGGUGACGAAAGCGUCGGAUGGGUUGGUAGAGGGGUUUAGAAAGUUUGUGGUGUGAGUUUCCGAAUAAUUUUUUUGGUUUGGCAUUUGCGACUUUGGAGAUGAUGGUUGGUGUAUUGUUUCGCAUGUUGGUCAGGAUAAAUGUGGAUAGAUCCGCGCAUUUUGAAUGCCAGAGUGCGAUGUGCAUGUUGCACUCCUCAUCUACCGUACAAACCGCCUCCGACAGGCUACGUGCCAGAAGAAGAGGUUCAUUCC